AUUAUAAUUUCUAGAAUGGGCAAAAAUGGCUGUGUUUCCCACCCAAAUGGGGUUUAGAUUUAUUAUGCAAUUAAUUUAUGAGUUGGUUGACUGUUGACUCUCAACUGAUUAAUUUCAGUCAGACAAAGAAAGAAAAAGAGAAAGAGAGCGAACGAACGAAAGAGAAAAGCAAUGGCUUCCCACAAGAUCAAAGUCACCAAUCCAAUCGUUGAGAUGGACGGAGAUGAAAUGACUAGGAUUAUUUGGAAUUCUAUAAAAGAGAAGCUUAUAUAUCCUUUUCUGGAGCUUGAUAUAAAGUACUUUGAUCUUGGUCUCCCAAAUCGUGAGGCCACCAAUGAUAAAGUCACAGUCGAAAGUGCAGAAGCUACACUCAAGUACAACGUUGCAAUCAAAUGUGCAACUAUAACACCAGAUGAAGGACGUGUUAAGGAAUUCAACUUGAAGCAGAUGUGGAAGAGUCCUAAUGGAACUAUCAGAAACAUCCUUAACGGUACGGUUUUCAGGGAACCAAUAAUAUGCAAAAACGUUCCAAGGCUUGUUCCAGGCUGGACAAAACCAAUAUGCAUUGGGAGACAUGCUUUUGGGGAUCAGUACCGUGCAUCCGAACAGAUCAUUCGAGGAGCAGGAACUCUUAAAAUGGUAUUUGUUCCAGAUGGGGAAGGUGACAAGACAGAAUUAGAAGUUUAUCGUUUUAAACAUCCAGGAGGAGUUGCAAUGUCGAUGUAUAAUACUGAUGAGUCUAUACGAGCUUUUGCUGAGGCUUCAAUGAAUACUGCUUUUCAAAAGAACUGGCCACUUUAUCUUAGCACAAAAAACACUAUUCUGAAGAAAUAUGACGGGAGAUUCAAGGAUAUAUUCCAGGAAGUUUAUGAAGCAAAUUGGAAGUCAAAAUUUGAAACUGCGGGAAUAUGGUAUGAACAUCGUCUUAUAGAUGACAUGGUUGCUUAUGCUAUGAAGAGUGAAGGGGGCUAUGUUUGGGCAUGCAAGAAUUAUGAUGGAGAUGUCCAAAGUGAUUUUUUGGCUCAAGGAUUUGGAUCACUUGGGUUGAUGACCUCUGUUUUGGUAUGUCCAGAUGGACGGACUAUUGAAGCUGAAGCAGCCCAUGGAACAGUUACUCGCCAUUUUCGUGUUCAUCAGAAAGGAGGUGAAACCAGCACAAAUAGUAUAGCAUCCAUCUUUGCAUGGACACGUGGGCUUGCACACAGGGCCAAGUUAGAUGACAAUGUCCUGCUCUCGGACUUCUCAAGUAAGCUUGAAGCAGCAUGUAUUGGAACUGUUGAAUCAGGGAAGAUGACUAAAGAUCUGGCACUCCUUAUUCAUGGGCCCAAAGUCAAGAGAUCUCAAUAUUUGAACACUGAGGAAUUCAUUGACGCUGUGGCUCAGGAGCUGAGAGCAAGGCUAGCUGUUAGAGCAAAGAUGUAAAUUAUACCAAGAGAUUGUUUUUUUACAGUAUUUUUUACGUUCACACAGCCCUUUUAUAUGCAAUAUAUCAUCCUUUUAUUUUCAAAUCUCUACGUAUCACAAGAAAGUAUUCGCAGUGCUAAGUGCUUGCUCAUAAUAAAAUCUCUGUACUUGAAUUGGUACCUGCUGGAUUUGGAUUUAUUGCAUGAUUAGACUUUGAUACCUUAAUGUGAUUCAGGUCGCACA